AUGCAGCCUUACCCAGUUACGGACGACCGUGCCUUGGUGUACACCAAAGGCAAUAUUGAUACCGAAGAUGGGUCAAACCAAUCCGCUGGGAUGAAAAAAACUACGACAAGUGGCAAGGCCUCCACCAUGACGGAAUUUGGAAAUACCUUGUGUGGGACACCCAUACAAUUUCAAGGCAACGGAAAGCAGAAGAACGCCACCUUGGGUGGAAUUGUUAAGCUGAUCUACGAGGAUGGCAGCUGGGAUCUGAAAGGGCUGACCCUAGGUCACUCUGCGUAUGAAUGCUUGAAAUAUGAGUCGCUGUUUGAGCUUACGACAUCAGAUGAAAAGAAGGACAGCGGUGAGCCGUUGUUUGAACCGACGGUGUCGGAUGAAGAGGAGGACGGCGAUGAUAGUGACGAUGACUCCGCAAGCAGCAACUCAGACUUAGAUCUUGCUUCCGCCCCUGCUCACAUCAUCGUCAAUGACAGCGAAUACUAUCGAGAUAAUCGUUGGGAGUUCCGGGGUCCCUUGGUUCUCGGCGAAGCUGUCAUGGCCAACUGGAUACACGCGCCCGUUGAAGAUACCCCAUUUUUCAAUUGGGCUCUGAUUCCGCUCUCAAGGUUCAAGAUGAACCAGCUGGGUAACGAUUUAAUUUCCGAUAUUCGGCAGGCCUUGCCCGACGACCGUUCUAUGGAGCCGGUGCGUCUCAUGUCUACCUCAGGUGGCAUCAAGAGCGGAGAAUUGUUGCUUCAUGAUGGUUAUGUUUGUGGUGAUCCCGGCAUACUUGGCGUCCACCAGUACUACAUAGCAAGUCCCUCUGACGAGGAGGCGCCUCCUUCUGUCGGCGAUGGUGGAUCGUGGGUCAUAUCAAAGGAAAGAAAGGAUCUCAUUGGUCACAUCACAACGAAGGAGAGUGAUGAGUUCGGAAUUGUUCUUGUCGCUGAUAUCUUCGAUGACAUAAUCCGAAAUGGUCUCGCAUUUGCUGUUGCCCUACCGACAGAGCAGGAUAUCGAGAGCUACAACAAGGCGAAGCUUCAGGACGCCAUCAGCACCGGGGGGGAGAAAGAGCAACAAGACGCGAGCGGCAAGGGCAAGCGAGCAAGUAGAUCGCGCCUGACUGCCAACGUUGGGAGCACGAGUGCUAUGGCCCAUGGUAAAGAGGCUCUUGACCACGACUCUGACGAUUCUGUCACGAGCACCCGCAUCGAAGUCGGAGGGCACGGCGCGCGUCAGUUCCUCAUCACAUCCGAGUCGCGCCGAUUCCACAAGGUGAUGAAAAACAUCGCAAAGAUUGGUAUGCACUGCACGGGGAGACAUGUCAUGCACACGGCACACUUGAGCGGCAGGAUGUGCCAGUAUUACUUUGGGUUCAUUGACGACAAGACUGCAAUUGAUGGUCUUAAGGAGCUUCGCAAGCUUGACAGCGACCUAAGGCAGGGGCGGUUUGUCGAGCAAAAGCGGCCCCUGGAGAUGGAAGACGCAUACCCUUGGAGCGAGCUGGGGCCAUUACCCGACCCCUUCUCUCCCAAAGUCACAGCUUCGAGGGAGAUUCGCGGCGGCCGCGAAAGAGACGACCAGCUCCUCAAGCAUCUCAUGAAGGACAUGGAGGCUCCCAAUGAAGGGAGUGGUACUUCAGGCGUACACAUGAAGGACAUGGAGGCUCCAGAUGAAGGGAGCGGUACUUCAAGCGAACGCAUUACCAUGUCCCAGUAUUUUCGAAUGCUCAACAAGUUGGUGGCAUCCAGAAAGCAGGAUUUGAGACAGGCAGAAGUGGGCUGCGAAUUCCAUCUCUGUGGUGAAGGUGAGGUCAUGGAGUGGGAGUAA